UUUCUUGAGUAGACUCUACUUUCUUUUUUUCUCCUUGCUCUCCAUCGCCACUGCCUCCUAUCCUUCCCUUCUCCCUCCCAAUGAGAACGUGGGUAUCGUAUCCUAUACUCACGGACUCUAAACCACUCUAACCACUCUAACCACUCUGACCACUCUCCUCCUCCAAUCUAUCGUUUCCGCAAUCUUAAGUUCCACUUUUGCCAAACCUUAACUGCGUCUGGACAAGUUUUCCACUGUGACAAUCGUCAUCGCUAAACAUAGGUAGCUCCGAAAAGGUACGAGCAGAAAGCUGUCUCACAUACAACCCACUACGCUGUGCCGUUGCCAGCAAUUUCACUGCCCUUUACACGUCACUCACCCAAACAAAGCCCAGCAAGGGAAAGCAAGGGAAAGCACUUUUAUUGAAACCCGACUGAGACGGCUUCUUGCAUCACAAACCUCCCUCUGCUAGAAACAAAGCCUUUCACGACACACGGGAAGAACAAGGGAUCGCUGCAGCUUAUCACAAGUUGCUGAAACUGACGAGAGACGCCGCGCCAUGCAAUGGCCCCCUCAUUUCUGAAAGACCUGCGCCGAAGGUCCAAGGCCAGCUUCCGCACCGAGAAGUCGACAGACAGCAGCAAUCUCAGCAAUGGAACAGUGCCCACAUCAAAGUCCUCGUCGACUCUAGGGUCGGCCGUGGGCUCGCAGACACCGCCAGACCCAAUCCUCGCCUCGUAUUCCGAUUUCCAAUCACAAACAAAAUCGUCGCUUCCCUUGCGACCCCAGGUCUCAGCUUCAACGAGCCCUGGGAAGCGGAAUAGUAGUGUCUCUGGAAUGUCAGGACUCGGAUCACCGAAUGUACACAGCGCAUUGCCUAUAUCGCCUUAUGCACCACGCAUACAGUCGAUCUCAGAUGGAGCAUGGGUAAAUCAGAAGGUGCUCUUAAUUAAUGGCACUGUCGGGGAUGCAGACGCAGCAGCAAUUGAGGGGAACAUAAGCCUCAGCCGUCUUGACGAUGACUUUCCCGCCAUCAAUUGGCCGGUGACAGAGUCCCAUUUCAAGGCCCUGGUAUAUCUUACCCCGGGUAUGAAUAAGUUGCGUUUCGACUUCUCCUCCCCCAAACUUGCCAAUAGCAACUCCACAAACCCGAUACACUCAACAUUCAUCACUAUCCACAUGAUGCCCAUGGCAAACUCGCCCCCAUUGCAAUUGGUAAUCCUCCUCGGCGCAGACUCCCCCGCCACCUUCGACUCGACGCCAGCGCGCAUUGAGCAGGAGGGUAACGGUCUUGAUGUCGCUAUAAAAAAAUUCCGGAUGGCGGCGUACUUAUGGCAGGCGUUUACCGCAGAGCAAAUGUUCCGGAAUAAGAUGGGCCGACGCUGUUUCCGAUUCGAAGAGGAAUGGCAGACGGGGACUGCGAACUACCGGGAUCGUGAGGACGGCACUAUGAGGAACGAGGCCAAGAUCCAUGUUAUCAGGAGUACUCGAACGGUUGCUGAGAUCCGAUCAAUUGACAGGGCCCAGCAGAACCCAACGGCGAAAAUGAGCGGAGACCUGUUCAAGAUCGCGGGAGAGGCUGUGGAGGAGUACUUCAAGCCUAGUCCGGGGCAGCACCAAUAUGUGUCUGUUUUGAUAUUGGACUCACACUGGGAUAAAGCCGCGAAUCUGGUCACAGGCCAUGCAGCGCUUGGUGGUACGCAUGGCAGGAUUCAUAUGGGAAUUUUCGGUUCUCACGCCCUGCACUCCUAUCCCACCAGCCUUGAAGAAGUGGUGCCGGCGUUCACAGAUUGCACCCGAACAGACACCAGCUUCGUUGCCAACGACGCCAAUCAGUCAGGGAGCAGCUGGGAGGCUGCCAACAUUGGCAUUGGCGCGCACCUCCACGAGACAGGCCACUUAUUCGGGUGCCCUCAUCAGGAGAACGGUGUCAUGCUACGAGACUACGUCACAUUCAACCGGACAUUCACCAGCCGGGAGCCGUUCUCUGUUCGGACGAACGAAAAGGGUGGUCUCGUUCUUCCAAAAGACGAGUGCGGAUGGCAUCGCCUCGACUGCCUGCGCUUUAGGAAUCAUCCAUGCUUCCGCGUAGUCAGUGACCCGAAGUUGUGCGCGGACAGGAGCAUACACGCUUGGCCUGUAGACAGCGGCAACGUAUUAGUUACCGCGAAUUCUGGCGUUGCAUAUAUCGAGAUAUUUACCGAGGGCGACGAGACUUGCCAUAACUGGAUCGAAUAUGGCGAUGGGAACGGCCGCGGCCCUAUUCAGCGACAGGUUGUGCUUACAGAACUGGAUCUGCGCGGUAGGCUGCCUGAUGACCGGAAAUCGAAGAAGAUAAGGUUGGCUGUCAAGUCAAUCGGCGGUGAGAGCACCGAUAUAGAAGAUUUUGGACUCCUGGCGUCCAAGGCCUCGAUGCUGAAGCUGAAGAAUGGACAAGUUGCUUUCCGGGGGGCGAAGCUGGGGCGUUCGCAGACGCAGGGCUCGGAGCCGCAGGAGAUCAUCUUUGAUAGCGUGCUGAAGCAGACGAAGCUGCUUACGCAGAUUAAGUUUUAUCAUGGGUUUGCGCUGGAUGGGAUUGAGUUUAUUUAUGAGGAUACUUCGACUCAACUUAUUGGGAAGAGAGGGGGGAAGGAGGGGGGGAGUGAUUUUUACCUUGAUACUCGCCGAGGAGAAUGCAUUUUGGGUUUCUACGUGCGCUCAGGCUUCUGGAUUGACGGCAUCCAACUCUUAACUAGCUGUGGUCGUAAAUCGGAAAUCUAUGGCAAUGCACAUGGUGGAUCUGCACACACUUUAAUACCGCCGCGGGGAUACUCGGUAGCGGGGAUUUCGGGCUCCUGUGGACAGUGGAUGGAUGGGCUGUCUCUUAUUAUCACGCGCUGAAGUGAUGGUAUAUACGAGGGGUGAGGGUAAUUACGGUAACGAGCGACCAGAGCGACACAAUGAGGCUGGCUUGAAAGGUGCGCUCGAAUAGCCACAUGGCUAGCUAGGAGGAAGGUUUCAGACCGCUCCCAACGAUAUUUCAAAUGCCUUGGGGAUGGGUGCGGUGCGUACAUAUUUGUCGAAUCUCAAAGCGGCAUCCAGGGUCGAUGCCGUUGUAUAAUAAAUUGUACCCGCCUCCGAUCGGCGGGUUGGGGGGUUUGGUUCGUUGGACGGGGUCUCUAGACUGGAUAGGAAGAUGGGUUUAUGAAAUGGGUAAUGAGCUAUACCAUACUGGCUGGAGUUUUUUGGAAUUGGGAAGGGGG